GUCCCACACAAGUGCCUUGUCCUGCUGGUCACUGCACUUGACAAAGAGAAACUCGACCGGCUCAGGGAUGGAUGGGGACCGCAUUGCUAGAUGCACCAAGCGGGGAUGGAGGGUUGGGACGAGGCCGGAAUCCAUUCCGGCCACCGUCUAUAUAGGCAUCCGGCGAAACCGAGUCUUGAUUUCAGUGUCGUGUUGAGCGCUUUGUCUCUCACGAAGCAUCACUCUGAGGUUUGAACCACCGAUCAAAACCACUUCUAUCGCAACAACAAUGGAAGUACCCGUCAAGUUCCCCGUCCUCGACGACCCACGUCCGGACGACAUGUCCCUGCCGGCCUUCAUGGUCUCGACCCGCCGGGGCUUCCUCCCGCGGAUGGACCCCAUCGUGUCGUUGCCGCCCGAGUUUGACCCGCUCGAGUCCCUCCUGCAGCGCAUGCCCAUCAAGACGCUGUCGGGGGAGCCCGGCCUGCUCGCGCGCGGGGAACUGGGCGACGCCGUCACCAAGGAGCUGCCCGACUUGACGGACCGCAUCGACAAGUACCAGCACAAUUUGCCCCUGAUGAACGCACUGUACCGGGACUAUUCCUUCCUGGCCUCGGCCUACCUCCUCGAGCCGUGCCAUCAGCGCUUUGUCCGGACCGGCGAGUACGGCCUGGCAAGGGACGUCCUGCCGGCGAACAUUGCACGGCCCAUCGCAAGGUGUGCUGCGCUCUGCGGUUUCCAACCCUUCAUGGAAUAUGCCGGCUCCUACGCCCUCUUCAACUACCGCCUCGCCGACCCCGCCAAGGGGCUGGACGACUACUCCAACCUGCGCCUCAUCCGCGCCUUUGAGCACGGCCUGGACUCGGCCUCGUCCGAGGCGGGCUUUGUGCUGGUCCACGUCGAAAUGGUCAAGCACUCCGGCCCCUUGGUGUCCGCCGCCCUGACCUGCCUCGACGCCGCCUCCCCUACCCCGUCCAGCGGCUCCCGAGAAGAGAGGCUAAAGCUAAACGCAGCCCUAGCCACACUCCUCACCUCGCUCCGGCGGAUCAACGCGGUCAUGGAAACCAUGUGGUCCCGUUCACGCCCGCGGGCCUACACGUCGUUUCGGACCUUCAUCUUUGGCAUUGCCGCGCAGAGCAUGUUUCCGCGGGGUGUCGUGUACGAGGGUGUUGGCGACGGUAACGGUGACGGUAGUAGUAGCAGCAAAAGAGUUGCCUUCCGCGGCGAGAGCGGCGCCAACGACUCCAUGAUCCCGCUCAUGGACAACCUGCUGGCGAUUCCCAUGCCCGACACCCCGCUGACGGCCAUCCUGCGCGAUUUCCGCCGCUACCGCCCCAGCAACCACCGUGAGUUCCUCGAGUGGGUUGGGGCUGAGGCGGAAAGGGUGCGGUUGAAGGAUUGGGCGCUUGCGCUUGCUGGUGAUGAUCAUGUAGUCAGGGGUGGGGAGGAGGAGGAGGAGGAGGAGGAGGAGGAGGAGGAGAGAGUCAAUGAAAGCAGGCGACUGUGGCUGCAAGUCCUGGACCAAGUGCGGGACUUCCGGUGGCGGCACUGGUGUUUCGCGCGCGAGUACAUUCUCAAGCGGACGAACCACCCGACCGCCACGGGCGGCAGUCCCAUUGUGACGUGGCUGCCGAACCAGCUGCAGGCCGUCCUGGACGAGAUGGGGAGGCUGUAUGAGCUUGUCGGUGCUGCCGGCGGCAAGCUGGGCAAGGAGUGCGAAGAUAUGAUGGAUUUAGCCCAGAGGCGGAGGGAGAUGCUGGGCAAGGAGGUGCGGAAGUUGUGCGAGGAGAGGGGAAUCAACAGGCUGGAUGCGUGAUGAGAUGAUAGAUGUGGGAGGGGUGAAAGGGGAACAUGAUCAUUAACGCUGUGAUGUCUAGAACAAACAUAGUCUAUGUAUGUAGGGUAUGGUAGACAGUAACUCCCUUG